UUAUGCCUCAUCACAAUUCCCUUGAGAUGUCAUCAACACCAACUAAGGCGAAUUUGAAGGCAUGGUGGAAACAAUUCGCAGCAAAAAGCGCAAAAAGAGAAGGAGAACGGAAGGGGAAAGGUAAUUUCUUAUGUUUUGAUGAUAAACCACCACUCACCGUUAAAUUAUUACGUUCUUUAAAUGGAAUUUUUGGUGUUGAUCUCGCCGAAGGAAUGGGAUAUGCGAGAGUACCAAUAUGCAUGGCCGGCCCGGACGGGAAGCAAUAUAUAUACGGAUACAUACCGACAAUCGUCGCAAAAUGUGGGAUGUUUUUAAAAGAACAAGGAAUUAGGAUUUGGAAAUUAAAUCCUAAAAACCAUGCCGGGGUAGAUACUUUUGCGACGACAACUGAAGGUAUAUUCCGUCUAAGUGGAUCAGCCAAAAGAAUAAAGGAACUACAAACGAUUUUUGAUUCUCCACCUGUUUAUGGAAAAACUUUAACCUGGGUUGGCUAUUCUGUACAUGAUGCUGCAAAUGUAUUACGAAGAUACUUAAACCAUUUACCAGAUAAAGUUAUUCCACUUAGUUGGUAUGAUAAAUUUCGGGCCAUACAUGUUAGUCAUAAAGAUGCGGGUGCUCUAGUAGAAAACUACCAAAAAUUGAUUCAAUCACUCCCUAAAGAAAAUCAACAUCUACUUCUCUACAUUCUCGACUUACUCGCAGUUUUUUCAUCCAAAUCUUCACAAAACUUGAUGCCAUCAAAGAACUUGGCCUCGAUUUUUCAACCCGGUAUUUUAUCUCAUCCAGAUCACGAUAUGGAACCGGAACAAUAUAAGCUAUCACAAGAAGUUGUAGAGUUUCUGAUCGAUUAUCAAAAUUAUUUUUUGAUGACUUUACCAAAUACUGAUGCUGUAAACGAGCGAGAAAUACGAGAUACACCUGAUGCUGAUACGACAUCACUUCUAGAGCCGCACGACCUUAAUAAUGUGCCUGUCACACAAUUACCUUUACGGCGAUCUAGUUUAAGCAUCGAACCUUCGACCGAUGAUGAUGUAUUGUUGCCGGAACGACGACCAUCAUACGAUUCUAAAAUAUUAGGUCGCCAAGGAUCUACAUCUCUAGGAAGGAGUAAAACAUUGCCCAGUAAAAGGCCUGUGUACAGGAAAAGUCAAAACGUAGGGGUUGCAGAAAAAGAAAGCAUUGAAGAUCCCAACGGUAAUUUAAUCCUUCCAUAG